UGGAGAUUCUUUGUACGCAGUAGGUACUGUACAUGUACAUGUAAAUGUGUAUUGGGUCGUAUCAUACCGUACCAAAAUUACCCUUUCCUCCUGUUCAGGAUGCUCCACGUGAUGAUUCAUGCUGAGAGCGAUUUUCCAGACUCCUUAGCAUGGAAAUGUUCUUCUGUCCGAACGUUCAAAGAUCACUGCAGACACACUCAAACACAUGGCCCAAGCUUGACAGGGUGCUAGCAGCUACCAAUCGAGCCACUGCAUAUUCUAUCUCUGCCUUCAACUUUGGCCCUGACCCUGGCCCUGACACGAGCGGUGGGAUACUGUGUCAAAAUGGGCUCCUCUCAUUCCGGCACCGACGGGCCUGAGAUAUCUGCUCCCGAGGUUUCAGUUCAAUCAGACGCGGAACUUGGAUCAGGGAAUACAGGUACUGCAGAGAAGGAGGUGAAUAAUUCCACAGAAGCCAACAGUGUGAGCGAUGAAGCGAAGUCGCCAAAGAAACCACUGUCUUUCCACUUGGCAUUCAUUGGCCUCGCCGCCAGCGUUUUUGUCUUCCAGAUGGACGCAACAUGUCUGGGGUUGGUGCUGCCUACUAUAGCCGGUAACUUAGGCGGCUCAAAUUUACAGUCUUUCUGGGCGAAUCUGGCCUACACGCUAUGUGGCCUUUCCAUGCAACCAGUAUGGGCAAGUAUCUCCGACGCAUUUGGAAGGAAACCACCUCUCUUCGUAUCCAUGGCAUUAUUCUUCGUUGGAUCUAUUGUUUUCGCCACCUCCAAAAACAUGAACACGAUCAUCGCUAGCCGAGUACUGCAGGGCUUCGGCGGUGGAGGAAUCGACGUUUUGGCCGAAGUCAUUUUGGCCGACAUGACAACGCUACAAGAGCGCUCGACAUACCUUGGCUUAAUGGGGAUUCCCGCGGCUAUUGGUAAUAUUCUGGGACCAUCGGUUGGUGCGCUGUUCGCUACUUACGCUAGCUGGCGGUGGAUUGGAUGGAUGAAUUUGCCCUUUCUCGGGGUUGCUACACCGUUGCUGUUUCUCUUCCUCAACCUACGGCCGGUCAAGUUUGAUGCUUCUCUCCGCGGCAAUCUGGCUCGCCUUGAUUGGAUUGGUAUGAUGUUGAUGAUUAUCGGUAUUACGAUCUUCGUGUUGCCUCUCAGUUGGGCGGGUUCUCUGUUCCCGUGGGCUUCGUGGCAGACGCUUCUUCCGAUGCUUCUGGGAGUGGUGGUGCUCAUUGCCUUUGCGUUUUACGAAAAGUACCCAGCGUCGCCGAUCGUUCCUCAUCGACUAUUCCAUUCAACGACUGCGAAUAUGACACUUGUAGGGGUGUUCUUUCAUGGUGCAGUUCUAGUAUCUAUUUUGCAAUAUCUACCUUUGCUAUAUCAAGCUGUGCAGCUCGAAACACCAAUUCUCUCUGCCGUCUCCUUACUACCCGCUGUCAUCACCAGUGUGGUAUUUGCAGCUAUUUCAAUGAUGAUGGUCCCGUUAUUUGGAGGAUACGCGUGGCUCCUUCGGUUCUCGUGGCUCAUCCUUACACUGGGCACUGGUUUACUCGCUUUGUUCCGUGUCGGAUCAUCGAAAUCAAUGGGUUAUGGGCUUCCGAUCUUGUGGGGAACGGGUGUUGCUUUACUUCGUCUCAGUAUCCUUCCAAUGCAAGCGAGUGUCAAGGAUAUCAAUGACACCGGCCUCGCAAUCGGCUUACUGUUAGGUGUUCGCAUGUUCGGAGGUCUGGUAGGUCUCACCAUCGCUUCAACAAUUUUCAAUACAACCUUUUCAACCUCGAUAUCUUCCUCUUCGAUAAAGCUUACCGGAUCACUGGCUCCUCUUCAGAACGCUGCCAAUGCUGUCAGCUUCAUUGACAAGCUGAGGUUGUUAGACAUUUCAGUUGCAACUCUCGAUCCCGUCUUGAGAGUUUAUCUCAAAUGUUUCCAGACCAUCUUUUAUACAAUGACGGGCCUGAGUGGUCUUGGUUUAGUGACUUCAUUCUUCGUUGCCGAAAUUGAUUUGUAUCGGAGAAAUCUUGGCAACCAACGGUUCGAAGAAUAGUUGAUUCCAGCAAAAUGGAGAUCACGCGACCUACCGUCGAAACACAUUGAGACUACACAGCUUUAUCGAGUUACGGGUACAGUGUAUAAUCUUAUUUUCGUCUGUUAUAUUUUUGUCCAGAUAAGUAUAUUGUCAUGUACUUUCCAACAGGCAAUGUAAUGCAAACAUCAUAGAGAGGCCUGCAAUUCUAAUCUCUAAACA